GACCACUUUGGCUCAGUUCCUAUUUUCGCCGUUUGCCCUCAGCCCCAGUCGGGGAGGUGAGUCGUAGUCUCUUCAAACACCGAAAACCCGUGCUCCCCGAAGCCUUCAAACAGCCCUGAGAAUACGGACCGGAUAAGUAAUCAUUCACAUGGGGACAGACCUCCUAGAUUGCCGACUUAUGCACAGAGUGCUUAAUGACCGAAGCAUUCCCGCGCCUACGGCAGUCUCCCCAAGUUGGUGAAUGGCCAACAGGUCUGAGCAGCCAAGGGGAAGCUUCGUUGUUGGCGAGCGAACGGCUCCUCUUCACCGGCGGUGGCCGCAAGCCGCAUUUCGCAGCGCCCUUCGUUAUCCGCGCAUCGUCACAACACAACCAUCUAGAGGUCUAUUCGUUGCGUGUGGCCAGGAACGACGGAAGUGGCCUGAUGCUCUAGUCUGGGCCGUCUCUGGUCUUCUGGCACCACUCUCUUGUCCUGCGAUCCUCUGCACUCCGAUUUGCGCGCCAGAGGAUCACCGUGAAGUGUGCUGUCUGCUGUUAAAGAUGUUGCAACAAGUUCGAGAUAUUGACUUGCUAUUUGUUGCUGCGCCUGGCGUGAGCGAACCUCGUUCCCUUGCGGGCGGCCGCGUGAAUAGUCACAUGGGAUUCGGAUUCGACAUUGUCUGGCGGGGACUGCGGCAACUGCAGAAAAUUUCCGGCAUCGUCUUGGCAUGGGUCAAUGUUGCCUGCACCAGCCGUGUGCGGCAUAUUGCAACGAAGGGGCCAGAUCUACCCCGCUGUUUCGGCAUCAUCUCCGUGAAGAAAACGAUGAGAACGACGCUUGGGGAUGUCUGUGAUUGGGCUGUGCUUUGUAAGGCCGAUUUGAUGUAGACGUGGAACAUUCCAACUUGGCGAUGGUUAAAUAAACACCCGAAGGCGGCGGCGAAGAACGGAAGUCAUCUCCUUACUGCGUCCUGCCCUUCCCCCCGAGGAACACGAAGUCACCUAACCCCAAACCCUUCAACGUGUCUACUACCAUAGACCAUCUUUUUGAAUUUCGAGUCCCUUUGCGUUUCAGAACUUCUAGAUGCUC